CUCCAAUCAGAAAUGUCAAAAUGGCGUCAACGCAGGACGCUUGGUAUAUUUCUUUACUUGGUUUAGCAGAACAUUUCCGUACAUCAAAUCCUCCUGACAUAAAAAGUUGUAUUCAAUGCCUACAAGCCGUGUUUAAUUUCAAACCACCUCAAAGAGUGGAGGCCCGAACUCAUUUACAACUCGGUAAUAUCCUUCUGACACACACUAAAAACAUCGACUUAGCGAGGACGCAUUUAGAGCAGAGUUGGUGCCUGUCUCAGACUAUCAAUGGAUUCGACGAUGUCAAGUUCGAGGCUGCGAGUGUGCUGGCCGAGUUGUUUGAGCAGCAGGGCCACCCCACUCACUCCAAACCUAUUCUACGGAAAGCGAUUGAGUUGUCACAACACAGUGUUUACUGGCACUGUAGACUGAUAUUCCAACUGGCACAAAUCCAUGCAACGGAACGUGAAUAUGAAGUUGCCAGCAGUUUGCUCGGUGUCGGUGUGGACUAUGCGCAGAUAUCAAACGCUGCGUACACACGAGUACUAUUUCUGCUCAGUAGGGUAAUGUUGCUGUUAAUAGACAAAAAGAUCCAAGAAGUGUUACCGCUGUUAAACCAGGCCGGGCACCUAGUUGACUCCUGGACAGGGAGCCCCCACCAGAAGGAGUAUCUGAAGGUGUUCUUCCUUGUCUUGCAGGUAUGCCACUACCUGAUGGCAGGACAGGUGAAGAGCGUGAAGCCCUGCCUGAAGCAGCUCCAGCAAAGCAUCCAGACCAUCAUGGCUCCCACGUGGCCAGAUGACGAUGCCGUGUGCGGCAGCGCGCCGGGCGAGUCGUUCGUGUGGCUGUCGCGGCAGCAGCUGUACGUGCUAGUCUACUUGGUGACGGUGAUGCACUCGGCGCAGGCCGGCUACAUGGACAAGGCGCACAAGUAUACUGAGAAGGCGCUGGCGCAGAUCGAUAAGCUCACUGCAAGCGGAUGCAGCGAAGAAUCCAGCGGGGUUAGCGCGCGAAGCGGCGCGACUCUCGCGUGGCGACUCCGCAUGGCUUUAGUGGAGCACUCGGCGCUGUGCCGCCUCGUGGCCGGCGGCAAGGCGCACGCGCUGCACGAGAUCGCGCGCGCCGCGCACCUGCUGUCCGCCGCGCCCACGGGUCAGUACGCGGCGGCUCGCAUGGCUUUAGUGGAGCACUCGGCGCUGUGCCGCCUCGUGGCCGGCGGCAAGGCGCACGCGCUGCACGAGAUCGCGCGCGCCGCGCACCUGCUGUCCGCCGCGCCCACGGUGGAGCACUCGGCGCUGUGCCGCCUCGUGGCCGGCGGCAAGGCGCACGCGCUGCACGAGAUCGCGCGCGCCGCGCACCUGCUGUCCGCCGCGCCCACGGUGGAGCACUCGGCGCUGUGCCGCCUCGUGGCCGGCGGCAAGGCGCACGCGCUGCACGAGAUCGCGCGCGCCGCGCACCUGCUGUCCGCCGCGCCCACGGCACUCGGCGCUGUGCCGCCUCGUGGCCGGCGGCAAGGCGCACGCGCUGCACGAGAUCGCGCGCGCCGCGCACCUGCUGUCCGCCGCGCCCACGGGUCAGUAGUCUGUAGCCAGUGUGACACUAGCGCGGCGGCUCGCAUGGCUCUAGUGGAGCACUCGGCGCUGUGCCGCCUCGUGGCCGGCGGCAAGGCGCACGCGCUGCACGAGAUCGCGCGCGCCGCGCACCUGCUGUCCGCCGCGCCCACGGCGUGCAGCGCGGCUGCGCAUACGCCGCAGCUGCACUGCCUGCUGGGCCUGUACGCCAUGUCCAUGAACUGCAUGGAGGCCGCCGAGGCGCAGUUCCUCACCGCCAUACACAUGUCACAAGAAAGAGAUCUAUGGAUGUUUGCGAAACUCAACUUAGCUAUUGUAUAUUUGCGAGGCAGGAGGGACAAUGAUUUGGCGCAACUCAUGGAACAGGUGCGGCCCGAAGCGCUGCCGGCGUACGCGCACGGGCUGCGAGCGGCGUCGUACUACGUACUAGGGCUGCAGGCCUUCUUCCAGGCCCGCUACAACGAGGCCAAGCGUUACCUCCGCGAAACGCUAAAAAUGGCGAACGCCGAAGACCUGAAUCGGCUGACGUCAUGCUCCUUAGUGCUGCUCGGGCAUAUAUUUCUGUCCAUCAACAACUCGCGAGAGAGCAUGAACAUGGUGACGCCGGCCAUGCAGCUCGCCAGCAAGAUCCCAGACGUCCACGUCCAGCUGUGGGCUUCCGCUAUACUCAAGGACCUGUACCGGCUGGCGGGCGACACGGAGCGCGAGAACGAGGCGUACCAGAUGCACUGCAACUUCUCGCAGGCGCUGCUCAAGGACCACUUCCAGGCCACACAGCUGCCACAACACGCGCUCGUGCACUGGACAAGCGGCGCGCCGCCCGCGCUGCCGCCGCCGCCCAGCGUCAGCCACGCCACCUAGGCGCUGAGACCAAGGCCCCGGGGGCUAUGGGGACUGGGCGACGACACCGGAAUGACGCGUCGAAGCGCCCGAAAUUACGAGGCGCCAAGUCGAGUUGGCGCCCCCAGCUACACGGCGCCAAGUCGAGUU